AUGCCCCCGGAUGUUGGGCGGUACACGGGGAAUCCCCGGCACCUUGGGCACCUCUUUCCUUCUGGGUCCCGGAACUUCCAGGAAGUUGUGUCUGCAGAGUUCUCAGUAAUGAAAGGAAACGUGGAUAGAGUUGCUUGGCCAAGUCCCAGUCCUGAUGACAAAGCCUGGCUCUUGAAGCAAAAGCACGCAUUGCUGCAAGUCACAGAAAACGGAGAUCUCGCGCUGCAGAGGGCGAAUGCCAAACUGUGGAAAAGCUACCAGCUCCAGCGCCUGGCUGAGGAGCUGGGGCGGGAGUGGCAAGAGACACAGCACCCGCGACACAGAGCCCCGGGCAGCCUGUCGUUGGCAUGCCCCUUCGGUGGGGGAGGAGGAUGGGCAGAGGAAGAUGAGCCUGACUUGGAGGUGCCUGCCCAGCGAGGGGCCGCUGGACCCCCCAGGACCAAAAAGAAACACAGAGCCCUCAGAGAAGAGAAGAGUCUCAAGGAGGAGCUGGACCGACGGCAGUCCUGGCCCUUCAGGCCCGGGAGGACUGCGGUGGGCGCCGAGAGGAAGCCGGCAGCUACAAAAGCCAGGGUUCUGACGCAUCCUCUCCUGAGCUUCCCUGAGAAGAGAAAAGGAAAGCGAGCACCUUCGACCAAGACCAAGGGUGGCUACUGUCCCGCUGACCCUUGGGGGAGCCGAGGGAUGGACCUCCAAAAGCUGAAUCCAUGCUCCGCCACUGCAGGGGGGGUCAAGAACCCAGAGGAAAAAGAGACAGGAGGAGCCCAGGAGGGGAGGAGGCAGCUGGGGAAGGGGGCAGUUCGUUUUGCUCAAGGCCUGACAGACAACUCCCUGGACCAGAGUCUAGAAGGCAAACAGAAAAGCCUAGAACAGCUGUGGUCUGUUGACUCCACCCACAGUGAGAGAGCCGUGCCCCAGGCAGUUCAGGGCAAAGACAGGAACAAGAACAAGUGGCAGAAAGAGCUUGAGUUUGUCUUUCAAGAGUUAUUCAAUACUAACAGAAGGCUGAAAAAAUAUCUGAGUUUGUACCUUGAACUGAGGCCCAGAAUGGGCCAGAACCUGGAUGAAGAGCAGGCCUUCUCAGAGAUGAGGGAAUGUGGUAAUGAGACCCCAGAAGAGAAGACAACAACAGAUACAGAGCUGAUGUCUGCUGGGGAGUCCGGGAGUCCCGCGGUGGUGGAGGCCUGCCUGACUGCAUCCGGAGCCAGUUCGAAGGGGUUACUAAGCAAGGUUGAGAGCCACAGAUAUCACCAGACGGCCAAGCCCACGAGUAGGAAUGGAAGUCAGACGUCGUCUCUCGAGACAGGAGUAUUCACUAAUGAAGAGGACUCGCCCUUGUGCAGUGCCGAAUCUGGGCAAGAACCCCCUAGACCUGCCACACUGGUGGUGGAGGGCUCCCUUGCGCAUCACCCACAAGAACAGGUGGACAGAGUUGGCUUGAUGGCUUCGAGGCAGAAGCACAAAGCAGAGCAGAGAAGGCAGAGACAGCUGGAAUUGCUUGAACAACCUGAACACCCGAACAUGAGCUUGGAAAUCCACUACAUGGCUGAAUUAGAAAAAGAGAGGCGGGAAAAAAGAAGAGCUCUCCUGGCCCAUCUGAAGUCUUCUUACCCCUCGAGAGAUCAGGAAAGGGAGAGAGGCUCUGAGUUGGUCACCACUUCCCCGUCUGGCACCAGCCUCACCAAUGACGACCAGCAGAGUCAGAUGACCCAUGACCUUCAGCAGCAGAUUUUAGAGCAAAACAAAUUGCACAAGCAGUAUCUUGAGGAAGCCAGGAAACGCUUGCAAGAGUUUCAGAACAUAUGUUAG